AUGUGCGUAGUGUUGGGAGUCUGUCUGCAGAAUGGAUGGACACUUCCUCUCAAGUCUGUAUUUGUCAACUUUCCAGGAGACAUCAUCAAAAAUUCGACCGAUAUGGAGCUGGCAGAGAAUUACCUGAAGAGGUUUGGCUACAUGGAGUCGCUGCAGCGCAGUGGUUUCCAGUCGAUAGUUUCCACGUCUAAAGCUCUGAAGCGGAUGCAGAGGCAGAUGGGCUUGGACGAGACUGGAGAGCUGGACCCCGCGACACUGGACGCCAUGAAGAGACCUCGCUGUGGAGUUCCUGAUGUCGCCAACUACAAGACUUUUGACGGGGAUCUGAAAUGGGACCAUCAUGACGUCACUUACAGGAUCCUGAACUAUUCCCCUGACAUGGACAGCUCCCUGAUCGACGAUGCUUUUGCUCGAGCUUUUAAGGUCUGGAGUGCGGUCACCCCCUUGAGCUUCACACGGCUUUUUGACGGCACAGCAGAUAUCAUGAUCUCUUUUGGAAAAAAAGAUCAUGGAGACCCAUACCCCUUUGAUGGAAAGGACGGCCUUCUAGCUCAUGCCUAUCCCCCGGGCGAAGGUCUGCAAGGAGACGCACACUUUGAUGAUGAUGAGCACUGGACACUGGGCAAAGGGGCAGUUGUAAAGACAAGCUAUGGGAAUGCCAAUGGUGCCUUAUGCCAUUUCCCCUUCAUAUUUGAGGGCAAAUCCUACACCACUUGUACCACUGAGGGCCGGACAGAUAAUCUUCCCUGGUGCGGCACCACGGCUGACUUUGAUAAGGACAAGAAAUAUGGCUUCUGUCCAAGUGAAUUGCUGUACACCAUUGGAGGAAAUUCAAAUGGGAAAGAGUGCGUUUUCCCCUUCAUAUUUUUGGGAAAAGAAUACGACAGUUGUACCACAGAAGGGCGCAAUGAUGAGUAUCGCUGGUGUGCAACUACUGACAACUUUGACAAGGACAAGAAAUAUGGCUUCUGUCCCAAUCGUGAGACCGCUGUGUCGGGCGGAAAUGCUGAAGGAGAGCCAUGCCACUUCCCAUUUGUGUUUUUGGGAGAAGAGUACGACUCCUGCACAAGUGAAGGCCGCUCAGAUGGUAAACUGUGGUGUGCUACUACAGCCAGCUAUGACCAGGACCAGAAAUGGGGCUUCUGUCCAGACCAGGGUUACAGUUUGUUCCUGGUGGCAGCCCAUGAGUUUGGACAUGCUCUCGGUCUGGAUCAUUCCAACAUCAGGGACGCACUUAUGUUCCCCAUGUAUAGCUACGUGGAGGACUUCUCCCUGCACGAAGAUGACAUUGAAGGCAUCCAGUAUCUCUAUGGUGGAAGAACAGGCCCAGAACCCACUCCUCCACAGCCCACUACAGACUACCCUGACACAGCCGAAACUGAUGAGACCGAGGGGACGGAGGAGCCCACAGAGCCGACACCCACCACCACCACCGCAUCUGUGGACCCUGCACUUGAUGCCUGUCAACUCACCAAGUUCGACACAAUCACUGUGAUUGAAGGAGAUCUGCAUUUCUUCAGCAAUGGUCAUUACUGGAAGAUGUCCAAACAAGGAAAGCUCAUGGGACCGUAUCUUAUCUCUGGGAAAUGGCCAAAACUGCCGGCUUCAGUUGAUUCUGCCUUUGAAGACGUUCUAACCAAGAAAGUCUACAUCUUUUCAGGUCAGCAAUUCUGGGUUUACACUGGAAAGGAUGUCCACGGCCCCCGAAGCUUGGAGAAACUCGGUCUGCCCAAUACUGUCCAGAAGGUGGAGGGUGCUUUGCAGCGGGGUAAAGAGAAAGUCCUGUUAUUCAGUGGAGAGAAUUAUUGGAGGCUUGACGUAAAGGCCCAAAAGAUUGAUAAAGGCUAUCCACGUUACACGGAUUCAGUGUUUGGUGGUGUCCCCAAUGACGCACAUGAUGUUUUCCUCUAUAAAGGUCAUUUCUACUUCUGCCGUCAAAGCUUUUACUGGCGCAUGAAUUCCAGAAGGCAAGUGGACCGUGUUGGUUAUGUGAAGAAGCUGUGGAUCCUCAUGGCGCUCGGAGAGAAAGAAGCGAGACCGCCCGAGCUUUACACACGUUUGUUGACAGUCAUGGAUUCAGAGGAGAAUGAGGUGGAGAGCAGCAGUGAUGCAGGUCCAUCUGGGAUGGAGGAGCCCUCUGAGAGUGGCAUGGGCAUGGAGUCUUCAGAGGCCAUGUCUGCAGACAGCAGUGAUGCUGCUGCCCCUCAUGCAGCUGCCCCAGAGUCUGACUGCCAUGUGGGCCAGAGCUCAGAGGGGCUUGAGGUGUUUAUGCCUGAAAUGAGCUCCAGCACUGAUGCUCGAGUGUCGUCAGUGCAUCUUCCAGAUUCAUCAUCGGUUGCCCAAUCCACCAGUGUGUCCAGUGUGUCUACCGUCACUCAGUCUGUGCUGGUCUCAGAGUCUGUGCGUGUUCACUCCAGUGCCGUUCCAGAUGGAGCUAUGAUGGUGUCGGACUCAACUGCAUCUACGUCAUCUGACCUGGGCUCUGCCAUUGACAAGAUCAUUGAGUCUACUAUUGGCCCUGACAUUAUGAAUGGUUGCAUUGCUGUCACCAGCGCUGAAGAUGGUGCUGCAGAAACAACCCAGUAUUUAAUUUUGCAAGGACCAGAUGAUGGUGCUCCUAUAGCCGCGCAGAUGUCAUCAUCAGCCUUAUCAGGUCGCAUAUCUAUAGAGGCUCUAAGUGAAGGCCCUACAUCCACAUGUUUGGACCAAAGAGAUCUGCAGCGAAACAUGGAGCCAGACCAACCAGAUGACCAGCCCGGACCCUCGAGCUACCCAGAGGAGAGCAGCAGGCAUCUGGACCAGCCUGGACACUCCCGCCCUUCCUUGUAUGGGGAGUGUAGCACAAACGGCCCUGAUCAGACUGGGGAGUCCUCUUCUUACGUGGAGUGUUCAGGUCAGGAGCCAGACCAGACCCGCUCUCAGUCUGGUUUCCCAGACUACAGUGGAGACAACAGUGAUCAGGACCUGCCUGGAUAUGUGGAAUGCAGUGGAGCUGAUUCAAACCCCAGCAGCCACUGUCACUAUGUGGUAGAGUGCAGUGGUGGUUAUCAGGAACAGAGUCAUUUGCGCAGUUAUAUUGACAGCAGUGCAGACCACACAGCUCAGUCCAGUCGGCAAUAUGUAGCUGAAUACGAUGUCGGGUGUGUGGACUCGGAGCAGCCUGGCUGUUCUCGGUAUGAGGCUCAAGACGAUGAAGAUGACGAUGAUGAACAGAUGCUAGACCCUGAUCAACCUCAGCAUUCUCAACAACCACCCCAGAAUUCUGGCUACACUGAGAAUAGCAAUGGCCCAGAGGCCUCGCUGUACGCAGAUGACAGCUCGUCAGAUCAUCCUGUGGCCGACACUGCCGGCUCCCGUGGUCUUCCUGAGGCAAUGGAAUGCAGCGAGAGUCAGUCUGCGCCUUACAUCAGCAGCAGCUGCACAUACACCCCUCAUACAGAGCCCGAGUCCACCCCUCAGUGCUCAUACAGUCAAGAAGGACAUCAAGUCACCCAAGGGUUGCAACAUGAUUCUGGAAAUUCCCAGGAAGCAGAAACACCCACAGUUGCUCAGGGUCCAGGAUACCCACCACUCAACCUGGAGGACAUGAUGGAAGUUGUGAUUGUACAACAGUUUAAAUGUAAAAUGUGUCCAUACAAAAGUACCUCCAGAAAUACACUUAUUAACCACAUGCGGGACAAACACUUUAACACUACAGGAGAACCGUCAAAGAAGCGUAAACGGGGGCGGCCCUCAAAGAGUGAGACAUUGGCCCGACGUCAAGCUGAGCAGGAGCGACUGGAGCAGAUGAAGACGAAGCAGGAGCAGGCGGCUCAGUCCAAACCUGCAGAGGAGGAGGAUGAUGACAUUGUGGACUCUGGUGCCAUAGAGGAUUCUGAAGAGGAUAGUGACUAUAACCCAGCUGAUGUAGACUGUAAAGGAAGACCACCUGCUCUCCUAAAAAGACCAACACAUCCCAAAUCUUCCUCUGAAGGCCGCCCCAGGCGCAAAGUGGGACGACCACAGAAGUACAUUUCACCAGAGGAAAGCUUUAGUAGCAAAGAAGCAGACCAUAUAGUUAAUGUGCCGCCAGUACAUGGGGACACUAGUGCCCAUGAAGAGGCUAGUUCCUCUGGUGUAGACGUUGGUGCUGCUGGGCAGACUAAAGAAGAUGCUGCAGAAAUUGCGAUAAGUCAGUCUGACUCUGAGAACAAAGACCCAUCCUCCCACUCAGAACCUGGAGAGGAAUUCCUGCAGAGGAAACGAGGGCGACCCUCCAAACAUUUUCUACGAAAGAAAUAUAAGAAGUAUAUUAAUCGCAAUCGAUACUACAAAACUUUAAAACCACUGCAAAGACCUCACAACUGUUGGAUUUGUGGCUCACGGUUCCAAACUCAAGAAGAUUUGACUUUCCAUGUAGACUCUCAUGAAGGCAAUGAUCCCGAGCUGUUCAAAUGCCUCCAAUGCAACUAUCACUGCAAACGUUGGACAUCUCUCAAGGAGCAUAUGUUCAAUCAUGAAGGCACAAAACCCUUCAAAUGUGACAAGUGUAAUUAUUCAAGUGUGUACAAUAAGGAUGUGAUUCGUCAUGCGGCAGUCCACAGAAAAGUGAAAAAGAAACCAGAGACGGGUUCAAAGGCCUCAGAGUUCCACUGCCCCAUCUGUCACAAGGUUUACCCACUGCAAAAAAGACUAACUCAGCACAUGAAGACUCACAGUUCUGAGAAGCCUCACAUGUGUGACAAGUGUGGGAAAUCAUUUAAGAAGCGGUACACUUUUAAGAUGCACCUUCUGAUACACAUCCAAAGUUUUGGAGAAAACAAGUACAAAUGUGAGUUUUGUGAUUACACUUGCGACAACAAGAAGCUGCUUCUCAACCAUCAGUUGUCCCACACAAAUGAUAGACCUUUUAAAUGUGAAUUCUGCAAAUAUGCCACCACUAAAGAGGAGUGUCUGGUUUCUCACAUGGCAAUUAAACAUACAGGGGGGAAACCGUUCUCCUGCAGCAUGUGCCACUUUACAACCAAACACAGAAAGAACCUGCGUCUGCAUGUGCGCUGCCGUCACCCAGAGGCUUUCGAAGAGUGGUCCCGGGCGCACCCUGAGGAGCCAGUCCAGAGACGACGUAAACCCUUCUUCACCAUCCAACAGAUCGAAGAGCUCAAACAAAAGCAUGACAACUUACAAGGCCUUGAGAACACAAUUGUUGAGGUGGAUCCAUCAACACUGCAAGCAAUUCAAGGCAUGGAAAAUGCUGCUGUUACUCAAGAUGCCUUAGGCAACACUAUUAUCUAUGAGCAAGGUGGAUCUGGGGACCUUUCAGCUCAGAAUGCGCUUGACCUGCUGCUUAACAUGAGUAAUGCUCGAGAACUAGUUGGAAACUCUUUACAGGUCGCUGUGUUAAAUCCUGAUGGUAAUGAAAAGGGCACAUGGACGGUUACUUCAGCUCAAGGCUCAGCCUCUGGUGCAACACAAAAGAUUGUCACUGUCCAUGUAUCGGAAAAUGGUGAGACUGUGCUUGAGGAAGCUUAUGAAGCAUCUACAUCCCAGUCUGCAGAAGUCACUCAAAUCGCCCUUGAUGACUAUGAGAGAAGAGAUUAUAACGUGGUGGAGCAAUCAGCUGAGGAUGUCCACAGUUCUGGUGUUGAUGAGAAAGCCUCAUCCCAGGACAAUACAAAAAGUGAAAAGUACUACCUGACGGCAUCGCUUCCUGAAGGUGUUUUACAACAAGUUGAGCUGUGCAGCGAUGCCCCAUCAUCUCCCUCAGCGCUGAGCUCCCCCUACACAAAACGAUUUUCCUGUCGCAUCUGCAUGGAGUCUUUCCAGGGCCGCUCUGACAUGGAGAACCACAAGAGGGCACACAUCGACCCCAACACCUUUAAGUGUGCGGACUGUGACUUCACAUCUGCCUCAUGGCUUGAGGUCAAGAGUCACAUGGAGCUGCAUUCCUACUUGCGUCCUCACAAGUGUCCGAGCUGCAGUUUUGCCUCCAAGAACAAGAAAGACUUGCGUAGGCACAUAAUGACUCAUACAAAUGAGAAACCAUUUUCUUGCAACCAUUGUGGGCAGAGGUUUAAACGUAAUGGUCAUCUGAAGUUUCACAUGGAGCGCCUUCACAAUCAGGACAGUCCAACCAACAAGAACUCCGCCGGUACUUCACAGACUAUUAUUGUUAACGGUGAUGAAGAGGCACUGGCCACUCUUCAGACGGUGCAGACUGGGACGGUCAUUUCUCCAAAGCAGCUUCAGGCUUUGGGGCCGGAGCACAUCAUUGUCUCCCAAGAACAGUCUGGAUCAGAGCAGGAGGAGAACACUUACAUAACUAUUGAUGGGCAAACAGUUCAGCAUCUAGUGACGGAUGACAACCAAGUGACAGAGGUCCAAUACAUCAUUGCACAAGAUGGAGUUCCACACUUAAUUCCUCAAGAGUAUGUUGUUGUAGCCGAUGGUAACCAGAUUGAGAUGUCGGAUGGUCACAUCAUUCAGUAUUCAGAACAUGACGGGGCUUUUGUGCAAGGGCAAAAGAUUGCUUUGAGCCACGAUGGUCAGAUCCAGUACCUGCCUGUCACAGCGGAUCAGCAGGUGGUCAGUGCUGAAGAGUUGGAGGCGGCGGCUCAUUCAGCCGUCACAGCAGUGGCAGAGGCAGCCAUGGCUCAGUCGCAGACUGUCUACACGGAGGCUACACCUGAACAACUGGAGCAGCUGCAACAACAAGGCAUCCACUAUGACGUCAUUGCUUUCACGGCGGAAUGA